GGGAGGGGAGAGGCCGGCCGAGGAUGGCGUCGUGCGUGGGGAGCCGGACCCUGAGCAAGGACGAUGUGAACUACCGCCUGCACUUCCGCAUGAUCAACGAGCAGCAGGUGGAGGACAUCACGCUGGAGUUCUUCUACCGGCCCCACACCAUCACCCUGCUCAGCUUCACCACCCUCAGCCUCAUGGCCUUCGCCUUCACCAGGGAUGAUUCCACCCCAGAAGACAAUAUUUGGAAAGGCAUCCUCUCUGUGAUUUUCUUCUUUCUAAUAAUCAGUGUGUUAGCUUUUCCAAACGGGCCUUUUACUCGCCCGCACCCUGCAAUAUGGCGCAUGGUCUUUGGUUUGAGUGUUCUCUAUUUUCUGUUUCUGGUGUUCCUGCUAUUUCUGAACUUUGAGCAGGUAAAAUCUGUGAUGUACUGGCUGGACCCCAAUCUCCGAUAUGCCACAAGAGAGGCAGACAUCAUGGAAUAUGCUGUGAACUGCCAUGUUAUCACUUGGGAGCGGAUCCUGAGCCAUUUUGAUAUAUUUGCUUUUGGGCAUUUCUGGGGCUGGGCAAUGAAAGCAUUGUUAAUCCGCAGCUAUGGGCUUUGUUGGACUAUUAGCAUCACUUGGGAGCUCACGGAGCUGUUCUUCAUGCAUCUACUGCCUAAUUUUGCUGAAUGCUGGUGGGAUCAAGUCAUUUUGGACAUCCUGCUGUGUAACGGGGGUGGCAUCUUGCUGGGCAUGAUAGUUUGUCGUUUCUUGGAGAUGAGGACCUAUCACUGGGCCAGCUUCAAGGAUAUCCACACGACCACUGGCAAAAUCAAAAGAGCCGUGUUACAGUUCACUCCAGCAAGCUGGACGUAUGUUCGCUGGUUCGAUCCCAAGUCUUCGUUUCAAAGAGUGGCUGGAGUAUAUCUUUUCAUGAUUGUCUGGCAGCUAACUGAGUUGAACACAUUUUUCUUGAAACACAUCUUUGUUUUCCAAGCAUGCCACCCUUUGAGUUGGGGUAGAAUCCUCUUCAUUGGAAUUAUCACAGCACCCACUGUGAGACAAUACUAUGCCUACCUCACAGACACACAAUGCAAGAGGGUAGGAACUCAGUGCUGGGUAUUUGGGGCAAUCGGUUUCCUUGAAGCAAUUGUCUGCAUCAAGUUUGGUCAAGACCUCUUCUCUAAAACACAAAUAUUAUAUGUUAUAUUUUGGCUCAUCUGUGUGGCUAUUACUACUUUCCUGUGUUUAUAUGGAAUGGUUUGGUACGCAGACCGCUAUGGACAGCGAGAAAAGACUUUGUCGGAAAGCGAGGACAGUUUGUACAUCCCUGAUGCUUCCUGGCUAAACUCUAAGUUCUCUAGAGGAAUGGAAGACAGUCCACCUAAACACUCUGGCAACAGUGAGGGCCAUUCGUCUAGGAGGAGGAAUCGCCAUUCGAGAACAAAAGUGACCAAUGGGAUUGGCAAGAGAUAGAACAGCAGUUUCCAGAUUUGUUCCGGAAGUGUGCCUGAGAGCAAAGAAAACUAAACCGGGCCUGGUUCUGAAUUCCCUGCUUGAAGGUUGACAAGAGAAGAGGAAG